AUGCGCUUGCAUCACGGCCAGCCCGAGGGGCCGGGGCGCGGGGUCCCCUCGGCGCGCGGCGCCCGCGGGGCUCAGACCGGGGGGCUCCGGGCAGCGCUGCCGCCCGAGCGGGAGCGCGGGGGGCGGCGGGGGGACUCCGGGCAGCGCCAGCCGCUGAACACGGUUUGGAGCCGGUGGCCGUGCUCACGGCGGGGCAGCGCCCGCAGGAGAGACCCCCCGCGGCCGGCGGGAUGGUCCCCGGCCCCCCAUCCUCGUGGGCGCCCACCGCGGAGCCGGGAGCGCCGGGGGACGGCGAGGGGCUCGGCGGCGGCGCUGGCGUUCCUGCGCACGGGCGAUGCCGAGCGUCUGGCCCGGGCCAACUGCAGCGGGGCUGUGGCGGCGGGGGCCGCCGGGCCCGGGCCCCCCCCGGGGCUGCGGGCAGCCCUGCGAGCCGCCCCCGAGGCGCUGGCCCACGCCGCCAACUUCCUCAACAUGCUCUUCCAGACCAACGACAUCCGCGAGGCCAGCGUGGCCGAGGACGUGGAGUGGUACCAGGCGCUGGUCCGCAGCCUGGCCGAGGGGCACCCGUGGGUGCGCAGGGCGGUGCUGGCCCUCGACGCCCACCCGCUGGCCCCCAAGCCCCGGCUGAUGCUGCAGGCCACCAAGGGCGACGGGCAGAUCCUGCUGCAGGACGUGUCCAGCGCCGCUCCCAGCCUGGGCAACCUCAGCUGGGACAACGAGUGGUUCAACGCCCUCAAGUCGCAGCGGGCGCCGGCGCUCCGCAAGCGGGUGCUCAGCAAUGACCUGCGCAGCCUGGAGACCCCCAAGUGGCAGCGGGGGGACAGCUACGUGGGGGACCCGGGCCACGUGCGCUGGUCCCCGCCGUUCCUGGAGUGCCGCGAGGGCCGCUUCCUGCCCACCUGGGCCGUCACGCUCUCCUCCGCCUUCUACGGGCUCAAGCCCGACCUCAGCCCCGAGUUCAAGGGGGUCGUGCGGGUGGACGUGGAGCUGCGGGACGUGGCCAUGGACCAGUGCUCCAGCGGGCCGGGCUGGUUCUCGGACACGCACCGCUGUGACCUCAACAGCACGCAGUGUGUCCCCCAGGAGAGCCGUGGCUUCGUCCUCGGGAGGUACCUGUGCAGGUGCAAGCCGGGUUUUUAUGGGACUGAUGGAGCGGCCAGCGGUGCCUGGGCAGGUGCGGCGGGGACAGACGGGGGGUCCCGGCUGGGGUGCCGGCCGUGCCGCCCGGGCUGUGCCACCUGCGAGGACGACACGCCCUGCCUGAUCCAGGAGGACCAGGUGCUGCGGGCAGCGGUGCUGUCGUGCCAGGCCUGCUGCAUGCUGGCCAUCUUCCUCAGCAUGCUCGUGUCCUACCACUUCCGACGGAGCAAGAGGAUCCGCACAUCGGGAAUCAUCCUGCUGGAGACCAUCCUCUUCGGCUCCCUCCUCCUCUACUUCCCUGUGUUCAUCCUGUACUUCAAGCCGAGCAUCUUCCGCUGCAUCGUCCUGCGCUGGGUGCGGAUGCUCGGCUUCGCCAUCGUCUACGGCACCAUCACCCUCAAGCUCUACAGGGUGCUCAAGGUGUUCCUGUCGCGCUCGGCCCAGCGCGCUCCCUACGUGUCGAGCGGGCGGGUGCUGCGCAUGCUGGCGCCCAUCCUGCUGCUGGUGCUGUGGUUCCUGGCGGCCUGGACCAUCGGCAUGCUGGAGAACGCCCGCAAGAACAUCCCGCUGGUCAUCCGCGCCCAGACCAGCCGCGGCCUGCGCUUCUCCAUCUGCGGCCACGACUGCUGGGAUUACAUGAUGGUCAUCGCCGAGAUGCUGUUCCUGCUCUGGGGCAGCUUCCUGUGCUACGCCACGCGCGCCGUGCCCUCGGCCUUCCACGAGCCCCGCUACAUGGGCAUCGCCCUGCACAACGAGCUCAUGGUCUCUGCCGCCUUCCACGUGGUCAGGUUCCUCAUUGUCCCCUCGCUGCACCCGGACUGGACUCUGCUGCUCUUCUUCGCUCACACCCACGGCACCAUCACCAUGACCCUGGCCCUGCUCUUCAUUCCCAAGUUCCUGCACACGGGCUCGCCGCUGCGGGAGGAGAUCACGGCCGAGGUGUACGAGGACGAGCUGGACAUGCGGCGCUCGGGCUCCUGCAUGAACAGCAGCAUCGCGUCCGCCUGGAGCGAGCACAGUCUCGACCCCGAUGACAUUCGGGAGGAGCUGAAGAAGAUUUACCGACAGCUAGAGGUGCACAAGACGUGGCGGAUGGCGACCAACAACCCGCACCUGGCCAAGAAGCGCGGCUCCCGCCGCAGCCUCGCCCGCUCCAUCCUGCGCCGCAGCGGCGCCGAGCUGGCCGAGAGCGCGUCCCGCCGCAGCAGCGCCGGGGACCGGGCGGGGACCCCGUCCCGCCGCAGCUCCUCGGCCAAGCGGCUCGUGGACGCCGCCGGGAGCGGCCCGAGGAUGCGGGACGAGAGCUCCCGGCGCCGCUCCUCAGCCCUGCGCAAGUCCCGCAGCUCCGAGGGGCCCCCGCGGGAGCCCCGCCGAGGGUCGCGCACCCCCAGCCCGCCCGAGGAGCCUCCGCCGGCGGCCGUGGCCGACUUGGAGCAAUCCGACAGCGACUCGCUGGACGCCGCCCCGCUGCUGUGCAAAUCGGCCAGCGCCCAGAACCUGGCGGGGCACUGGCAGCGCCCCCCGGGCCGCGCCCCGCCGCUGCAGAAGUCGCACAGCGUUGUCACCGGGGCGCGGGAAGCGGCGCUGCUGGCCGCCCGCAGCGCCAGCCGCGAGCAGUGGCACGGCGGCCGCCACCUCUCCGCGCCGGCCCCGGGGGACCCCGGCGGCACCGCGACACCCCCGAGCCCCGCCGAGAGGGGCCCGCGGGAGGACGCGGCCCCGCCGGGCGACGCCAAGGGACACAAACAUGUCACCUACGCGCCCAUCAAAAGCGUCAGCGUUGACAGCGCCCACCCGGGCAGGAAGGUGCGGGUGACCGUGAAGAAAACGCCCCCUCCGCCCCCCGUCCGCUACCAGAGCCUGCAGCGCUCGGGGACGCUCGGGGACGGCCCGGAGCCACCCCCGGCCCCCCCGGCACAGGCGGGAGAGGCGCAGGGGACAGCGGGGCACGGCCCGGGGCGCGCGUCCCCCCCGGCAGGGAAGGGCAGGCUGCUGACCCCGAGCGCCAGCUCGGCGCACGUCUGUCCCUGGGAGCUGGUGCAGGACGAGAUCCUGGGCAGGAAACAAAAAGCGGCCGAGGCAGCGGAGUCGGGGAGCCCCGGUGACACAGCGGCCGCCACCCCCGGCCCCAAGCCGCCCCCCACGAAGAGCUUCCGGAGCCUGGGACUCGCCAUCAAAGCCCUCAACCGCUCCAGGGGGAAGAGCAUCCUGAAAGGGAAAAGCGAGGGGAGCCUCAGGAAGAGGGGGAGCAGCAGGAGGGAGAAGCCCGGCCAGGCAGAGGCCUCGGCCGCGUCCCUCGGGGGGCUCAGCCCCGAGGGCAGCGGGCAGAGCCUCGAGACCCCCGCCCUCCAGCACAACAACAACGCCGCCACCCCCGGGGAAGCCGCGCACUGGGGGGACAGCGGGACAGGAGGACAACGGGACAGCCUGGCCGCGGGGCCGGGCGAUGGGGACAGAGCGGCGGAGGAGCCCGGCGCUGCCCGAGGGCACGCGGGUACCGGUCUGGAGCCGCCCAGCGCGGGCCACCGAGGGGCUGAAUGUCCCCCGGAGCUGCAGCCCCCGGAAGGGGACGAGGCUCCGGCAGCGGAUCUGAGGGGGGUCACAGCAGAGGAAGGGACGCUUGAGGAGCUCGAGGGGACCAGCAGGUCCUUGCAGCCCCGGGAGCACCCGGGGCAGGAGCAGCCGCCUGCGACGCCCGCCCCGAGCAGCGUGCGGGGCGCGGCGGGGGCGAGGCCGCCCGGAGGGCUCGGAGCGCCGGCGGGAAGGGGAGCCUUGCUGCGCCAGGCCGCGAUCGCUCCCCGGGAGGACGGAGGGAGCCCAGAGAGCCCGGAGAAGGCGCUGGAAGAGGGGAGCAGCCAGCCCGAGCCCGAGCGGGGCCCUGGAAGGAGCUGGAGCGGCGCCGGGAGCGCGCAGGGAGAGCUCAGGGCUGCGGGAACGCGGGGAGAUCCCGGCUCCAAAGCGGGAAUCUGCCCUGGGAAGGGCCGCAGUGAGGGGGAUUCUCAGCGCUCUCCGGGCAUGGAAAAACCACCAGGGCUGCCCGAAGCGGCCCCGGAGCAAGCGGAGGGCAGGAGGGCUGAGGUGUGCCCGUGGGAGAGCCAGGAGCAGGGAAGCCGCGUCCGAGCAGAAAUCUGCCCCUGGGACGCAGAGCAGGAGCAGGGAUCCCCCAGAUCUGGAGAAGGUGUGGAGCAGCCUGCGAUGGAGCUCGCAGGGAAACCCGCAGUUCUGCCCAAACCCUCAUCGCAGCGGGCUGGAACCACGGAGAGCAAAAAGGCAAACAUCUGUCCCUGGGAGGUGGAGGAGGAGCCCCGUCCAAAAACAGAGAUCUGCCCCUGGGAGGAGGCUGCAGCGCCAUCGGGGAAGGAGAGAUUGAGGCAGGACAUGCGUGGCACUCCCAAAGGGGAAGAAAAAGUGGGAUCCAGAGCACUGGAAAAAGGAAAGCAGCCCCCAGGCAAAGCCCUGCCCGAAUCUCCUUCAGGGAGAUCCCAGAGCUCAGAGAAGGCAGAGAUCUGCCCUUGGGAGGCAGAAUCCAGCAGCAAAGCCGAAAUCUGCCCCUGGGAGGUGGCUGAGCCUCAGCUGGAGAAGGGAACAGCCCCAGGUAAGGAGAAACUCCCAGGAAAAGAAACCAAAGCUCUGGAGAAGGGGAGCAGAGAGAGGGAAUCGAUCUGUCCCUGGGAGUCUCAGGGCUCUAAAUCCAGCAGCAAGGCUGAAAUCUGUCCCUGGGAGACUCAGGACUCUAAAUCCAGUGACAAGGCUGAGAUCUGUCCCUGGGAGGUGGCUGAGCCUCAGCUGGAGAAGGGAACAGCCCCAGGUAAGGAGAAACUCCCAGGAAAGAAACCAAACAGCAAAGGCUGGAAAUCUAGUCCCUGGGAGACUCAGGACUCUAAAUCCAGUGACAAGGCUGAGAUCUGUCCCUGGGAGGUGGCUGAGCCUCAGCUGGAGAAGGGAACAGCCCCAGGUAAGGAGAAACUCCCAGGAAAAGAAACAACCAAAGCUCUGGAGAAGGGGAGCAGAGAGAGGGAAUCGAUCUGUCCCUGGGAGUCUCAGGACUCUAAAUCCAGUGACAAGGCUGAGAUCUGUCCCUGGGAGACUGAAUCCAGUGACAAGGCUGAGAUCUGUCCCUGGGAGGUGGCUGAGCCUCAGCUGGAGAAGGGAACAGCCCCAAGAAAGGAGAAACUCCCACCAAGAGAAGCCUCCAAAGUUCUGGAGAAGGGGAGCCAAGACCGAGUGUCCGUCUGUCCUUGGGAGAGCCUGGACACAGAGCAGCCGCCGGCCAAACCCCACACUGGGAGCUCAGCAGUGCCCAAAGCAGCUCCGGGGAAAUCCCAGAGCUCAGAGAAGGCAGAGAUCUGUCCCUGGGAGACUGAAUCCAGCAACAAAGCCAAGAUCUGUCCCUGGGAGUCUCAGGACAUUGAAUCCAGCAGCAAAGCUGAUAUCUGCCCCUGGGAGGUGGCUGAGCCUCCCUCCCAGCAGCCAAAGGCAAAGCAGGUCCCUGCUGAGGGCCCCAAGGGCGACAAGCGCAUCACACGCCAGGCAGCGCUGGCCAGCCCGGAGAGAUCCCUGGACAGCAGAGACAGAGUGUCCGUCUGUCCCUGGGAGGGCCUGGACACGGAGCAGCCCCCGGCCAAACCCCACACUGGGAGCUCAGCACUGCCCAAAGCAGCUCGGGGAAAUCCCAGAGCUCAGAGAAGCUCCUUCAGGGAAUCCUCACCGAGGUCACCCCAGAAAUCCCCUUUCCUGGACAAUCCCAAACCUGUCCUCCCUCCCCUCCUGCCCUGA